GGAGGCGACGUCGGCCCCACCCGCGGGGCCCGGCACCGGUGGGACGGGCAGGAAGGAGCCCAGGGCGCCCGCGCUGCGGGACACGGGGACUAGGAGGAGGAGCAGCCGCGGCCGCUCAGGAAAAUGACUGAAAUAUUGGAACAUCAUUUCUACUGGAAAGCCAAUUAACAUCCAUUCCUCAAAUACUUGAUCACCACCAGCCCUGGCAUGGCGCAGAGCAGUCCACAGCUUGAUGUCCAGAUACUCCAUGAUCUCCGACAACUUUUCCCUGAGAUUCCAGAGGGUGUGGUAUCACAAUGCAUGUUGCAGAAUAACAACAACCUGGAAGCUUGCUGUCGAGCCCUUUCACAGGAAAGCAGCAAAUAUUUGUAUAUGGAGUACCAGAGCCCAGAUGACAACAGGAUGAAUAGAAAUCGCUUUUUGCACAUUAAUCUGGGUGUCCAUCCCCCUAGUAACUACCAUACAGGUGAUGGAGCUCAACUUAAUGGUGGUCGAACACUGGUACAUAGUUCAAGUGAUGGUCAUAUUGAUCCACAGCACACACCAGGUAAACAACUGAUCUGUUUAGUUCAGGAACCACACUCGGCUCCAGCUGUCGUGGCUGCUUCUCCUAACUACAACCCAUUUUUUAUGAAUGAACAGAAUAGAAAUGCAGCUACUCCUCCUCCACAGCCACCUCAGCAGCCGUCUUCCAUGCCAACAGGAAUGAAUCCAUCUGCUAUGCAAGGGCCUUCACCACCACCACAGCCACCUCCCUCAUACAUGCACAUACCUCGUUAUAGUACAAAUCCAAUUACUGUUACAGUAUCACAAAACCUCCCCUCUGGACAGACUGUUCCCAGAGCUUUACAAAUUCUUCCACAAAUUCCAAGCAAUCUCUAUGGGCCUCCUGGUUCAAUAUAUAUUAGGCAAACAUCUCAAAGUUCAUCAGGAAGACAGACUCCUCAGAGCACCCCCUGGCAGUCCUCACCACAGGGCCCCAUACCACAUUAUAAUCCACGUCCUUUACCUGUUUAUCCACAUCAGCAAAACUACCAGCCUUCUCAGUAUUCUCCCAAACAGUCACAGAUCCCUCAAGCCGCUUAUCGAUCGCCACCUCCUUCUCAGUGCCCUUCACCUUUUGGUUCUCCUCAGCAUCAAGUGCAGCCUCCUCAGCUGGGCCACCAGAGCUCACACAUCUUUAUGCCACCUAGUCCUUCAACUACUCCACCCCAUCUGUAUCAAGCUCCUCCAAGCUAUCCGAAGCAGGGAGGCCAUUCGGUGUCCUAUCUCCCUUACAGUACAUCUAGCUUAUCCAAAGGCUCCAUGAAGAAGAUAGAAAUUACAGUUGAGCCCCCACAAAGACCUGGGACAGCAAUUAAUAGAAGUCCUUCACCAAUAAGUAAUCAGCCAUCUCAGCGGAACCAACACCCAUUGUAUACAGCCACUACUCCACCGUCAAGUUCUCCUUCAAGAGGAAUGUCUAGUCAACCCAAACCUCCAUUUAGUGUUAAUCCAGUAUAUAUUACAUAUACACAACCAACUGGACCUUCGUGUGCUCCUACGCCAUCUCCUCGGGUAAUGCCAAACCCAACGACAGUUUUCAAAAUUACAGUAGGCCGAGCAACAACUGAAAAUCUUUUAAAUUUAGUGGACCAAGAAGAGCGUUCUGGAGCACCAGAACCUAUUCAGCCCAUUUCAUUGAUACCAGCACUGGGAGGAGAAAAAGGAAGCCAUAAGUAUCAGAGAAGUUGUAGUUCUGGAUCUGAUGAUUAUGCCUAUACUCAAGCCUUGCUAUUACAUCAGCGAGCAAGGAUGGAGAGGUUAGCAAAGCAAUUGAAACUUGAGGAAGAAGAACUAGAGCGGCUGAAGGCUGAAGUUAAUGGUAUGGAGCAUGAUCUUAUGCAGAGACGGCUUAGAAGAGUUAGCUGUACCACGGCCAUCCCGACUCCUGAGGAAAUGACAAGAUUGAGAAGCAUGAACAGACAACUGCAGAUAAAUGUUGACUGUACACUGAAAGAAGUUGACCUCCUUCAAUCGAGAGGCAAUUUUGAUCCAAAAGCCAUGAAUAAUUUUUAUGACCAUAUAGAACCUGGUCCAGUUGUGCCACCGAAGCCAUCCAAAAAAGAGACUUCAGAUCCCUGUGCAACAGAGAGAAAAGCCAGAAGAAUCAGUGUGACCUCCAAAGUACAGUUGGAUCCCCUUGAUUCCCAGGCCACUACUGCUGAUGCUGCAGCUCCCAUGGGCUCCCUCCCAGCUCUGACUCACACCAACUUCCUGUUCCAUCCACGGCCAGCUCCUCCCACUGCAGGCUCAUGUGACUCAGACAGAUCUUCAAACGAACAUCCAAACAACUCCAAACAGACUCCAAGGACCCAGCCACAAGAUGAAGAGUUUGAGGGGGCUCCAUGGAAUUGUAAGAGUUGCACCUUUCUGAAUCACCCAGCGUUAAAUCGCUGUGAGCAGUGUGAGAUGCCGCGGUACACUUGAAUCAAGAAGAGACUGUUGAGGCUGAGAGUGAAAUUCUGAGCACCCACAGAGGAAAAGGAAUCCUGGCGACUCCUUCAGACCAUCUGACCAGUCUUUUCCUUUCCAAUUUCCCAAAGGGAAGGAGAUUUGAAAUAGUAUCCACUUGUCUACCACACUAAAGAAAAAAAUGAGGGGGAUGUUUUUCUUUCUUAACCACAUUGUGUGCUAUGUUGAAGGGAUACUUGAAACCAGGAAAGGAUUCACUCCUCAAAGAAUGUAUACAGGAAAGCCAAGAGCUGCUCCUGUUUAAUCCCUAUGGCUAUAUUUACUGCUCAGUGGCCCUUAUUUCUUAAACUUAGAACUUUGAGUCACAGUGCAUCCUGUUACAGUUAUCCAGACAAACUGUGACACUCUAGCACAGACUCACCUGAUCACAGCGUGCUGGAAAAGAACGCUUCCAUGCUCUGCCACAUUGUAUCCUGCUGAAAAAAGAAGUCAGGAAAAGGCAACCAGAUUAUUUUAUGUGCAGAGUAAUCAGAGGGUGUUUGUAAUUGCUGCUUUUUUCAGGGGUAAUUUCAAUCUCUACACACACACGCACACAUACACACAUGUCAGGACAUAGGCAUGAGCCUUAUAUUACUGAGGGUACAAUCAGAGGUGGUAAAAUCCCUUUUGCCUGUACAGCAUUCAUUAAGCUGUAUCAACAUUGGUAACUAACAGAGACCUAAUUAUGCCACAUAAUGGAUAAAAAAAGUUACUGCAUGCUUUUAUUAGGCUGUUGUGUUUUUACAGCUAACAAGUCCCCAUAAAGUCUGCUUUUAAAUGUGACACUCAUCAGACUGUGCUUUGCUAAUAGUACAGUGAAUGGAUGCCAAAUGCAGACCAGUUCCAGAUUCCGUUUGGAAUACUUGAGCUCAGCUGUGGUUAUGUAUGAGAAGUGUUGGCACCCUGUUACUUAGGCCUUUUCUCAGCUUCCAAUUUUGUGAAGAAUUCAUGAUGUUUACAGCACAGACAGUACUUUGUGCCACAAUCCUGAUUUAGCUCAAAUGUAAUCAAUAUUAGCUAUAAAGGUUUAUUUGCACAUUGUUAAUAAACCAGCGUGUUGGAAAUUGCACAUGGCUAAUCUUGUAAAGUUGUCCAUUGCAUUUUGGGGAAAUAAAGGGACGAAGGGCUGGUCAGGAAAUGUUAUUAGUAGAAUGAGGAAUGCAGAGGAUUUUCAAACUAAAUCCAACUAGCAUAGCUAUGGCGUUGAUACCCUUUAUUCAAAGGUAAUAUUAAUCAUUCAUGUAAUCUAAAUAGCUAUAUUAAAGCACUCCAUGUUUAUGAAACUACAACUUUGGAGUGUAGGUAAAUGAAUGUAAGGUAAAGGUAAAUAUGACAGACUAAGAUAUCACCACUGAUGGAAAAUUAGGUAUAAGGGAUUAUCCGUUUCAUUAGUAUAAUUUAAAGAAGAAAUAUUUUCUCUCCCACUGAUGCCAUUUUCCUACUUUGCUCAGAACAGGAUUCUGCAGUCUUUGCUAUACUGAUGAAUCAAGACAGCAGUAAAGUUAGUAGGUCUGCCAUUGCUAAAGAGACGCCAGUUGUACCACUCUUAUUAGAAGAUCAGUCUCUGGCAGAUCUUGAAAAGCAAGCUGCACUAAUAAAUGUAACAAAACCAAAGGCAUCAGAGCUCUUAAUAGUUUUCUAUCAAUGACCCAAUCAAAGUCCAUCAAAAUUCUAAUGAUUUCAUACUCCAACACAACCUCACCGAUAUUUUUCUCAUGUGGAAGAAUACCUAAAAUGCAUCAGUUUGUCUCACAGAAUAAACAUUUUAGCGUAUAAUUGUUGAAUCACACUGAUUAAAAACCACAGCUAUGGCAAAACUGAAAAUAGUGGUGAGAAAGCAGAUUAGCUUAAAAAAACACAUUAUUGACAACACUUUUUCAAAAGGUUCUGUAACACUGGUAUCUGUUAAUCUUGUGUUUUCAGCAGUCACAUACCAGCCCUAUUGUUUCUAUACACCAAUGCCUUUGCCUUCCUAUGCUUUCACAUCUGUUUAUUGAUGGUCAGCCCUUUUUAAAAAUAAUAUUUUAGGGGGAAAAUACUGCUUGGUGUCACUCUAGCUAAAAACUUACCAAUAAUGUAUGCUGUCAUUCUAGAGUGGCAGCAACCAAAUUGACCUUUAUCAGUUAUUCAGCUGAGAAUGGAAAUAGCAUGUUUGAAAAUAUUUUGAUAUUUUAUUAAGACCCUAUAAAAUCAGCUUUUAGAAAAUUCUGCAUGAAAUGCAUCAAAGUAAAUAAGUUGUUACCAUACAGUAGAUGCAUGGUUUCUGGUACUGGUGAUAUUUCUAGUCGAUCAUAGGUUUCACCUGCCAGGGGAAAUGAAAAAAAAAAGAUGUCCUUGGAUAGUUAAUUAGGGUGAAUAUAAAAGAAAUAGAAGUUAAUUUUAAGAGAUUUUGUGUGUGCUACUUUUCUGGCUGUGCAAGAGAUAUACCAGUUUAGAUUGUCAUUAUUUUUUUAAAAAGUGAAACUUUGCCACUGAUAGACUAGAUAUGCUUAAAUAUUUAGUGUAUAAAGAAUGUGUGCCUGUGUCCAGUUCAAGCAUUAAAAUCACCAAAAUUUAAGAAGUGGGCAAUGCCUUUCAAAAUUAGAAUCUAGUAAUAUUGGCAUAGAUAGACAGUGGCAUAUAAUUGAAAAUUACAUUAACUCCAGUCCAGCCUAGGAGACAAUAUGCUCAAUGCUGUUUUGGUCAGUCAAUGUCCUUCUGGUUUCUAAUAACAGCAUUUCUGUUAGCAUGCUACUAGGUUGAUACAGAUGGUAAUGUACACAGUAGAACAAACUUUUAUGACAUUUCACUAUGCUGAUAAACUUUUUUUUAAAGUUAUAUUUAACUGUCUUAAAUUAUGGAAUAGUUCUCUAAAGUUUUAAUUGAGAAUAGAGGAGCCAAAGUCCUUCCAAGCACCCUAAAAUGCAUUGAACUGAUAUUGUUAACUCUGUUUGGUGGCAGAGUUAGAGGGCUGGGGAGGGACAGGGGAGGGACUGGUUGAUAAAGGAAGCUGAGGAAAAUGCAUUUGUAAAACAAGUAGUCUUAGAGCUACAGAUUAAUGAUGGUAGGGAGAGGAGUGGUGCUACUAUGUUUGUGUAUUUUCCCACAAAAUGAUAGGUGUGAUGAGCAGUGUAAUAUUUUUAAAGAGCUGGUCUCAAUCUUAGUACUUUUUGAUUACGAUAAAAAAGAAAUCAAUGUCUCAGUAAACUUUGUUAAUUGCUUUAUGUCACAGGUAUCUGGAUCUCAUAUCCAGUCUUUCUGUGGCAAGUUAUAUAUAGGAUUUUGAAAGCAAAUCAUAAAUUCCUUUUGAAAUUAAUAUGAAUAAGGAAAGCAAAAAGGUAAAGAUUAUGUUUAAAUGUAUAGAAAAAUUGAUCUUAAAAAAAAAGUCAGUGGUACACCCUGGAAUGUGAAAAUGUCUUUUCCUAAUUAAAAGUUCAGUUAUUUUAGUUUUACCAGUGUUAAUGAAAUGAGUUCAUGCCACAGGGAUUCUCUCUCUCUCUCUCACACACACUCACACACACACACAUACACACACACACAUGCACACACACACACACAUAUACACACACACGCACACACAUAUACACAUACAUAUACAUACAUAUAUAUCUGCAGAAAACCAGAAGUAAAAAGUGUACUUUGCAAAAAUGGAAUAAUUGGGCACUGACUGUUGCAUCACUACUGUAUCUUAUGGAAAGAGUAAACAGUAUUUUCCUAUUUUUAAUUUCGAUGGCAUUUUCCACAUUCACCAGAGGUACAUUUUCAGUAUUAUUUACAUCUUCAAAUAUUUAAUACAUGUAGACUUUGCAUGACUUGAGCCUUCAAAGGUCAAUGGGAUUAUGACAUUAGUUAAUUUUGAUUUUUCAAAGCCAUGGAAAGUUUUUUUUAAAAGCUGAGCAUUUCUAAAUUUUUAUUUAUAAUGAUACCAAUAAUGUACCUAAUCCAUAUUUCCCUAUUGUAACAGGAUUGAUCACAGUUUUUUUUUUCAUUAAAAAAGCAAGAGCUUAAUAAAUCUUGUAAAUAUGGUGUCUCUAUUUUAGAUUUCCGUGUACGCUGUGAAUGAAAUUAUUUUGAGAUGAAAUUGUACAAAGGCAUUAAAAGGCUAUGCAUGCAUCGUACCUCCAACCAGUACAUAUUCGGAGAGUUGCAGAUUCCUGCAAAAUAAAUUAAUAAACUAAGAAAACACUACAUUCUGUAUCUCUUU